GCCAAUCGCCCACAGUCCAUCAGAAUCCUUACGAUCAAAGAGGUUAUCAACAACAGGCUAGACCAUUUGACGAUGACGUCCAUUGUCCCUGUGGCUCCGAUGAUGCGCCAAAUGCAGCAAACUACGAUCAGAGUGGCAAUUGCGGAAUGUGCGGAUUGGAUGAUGGUGAUCUUCAGCCUGGCAAUAGGCGAUAUUCUACUGAUCCACAGUGUACAGUAUGCUAUCAGGAAGCUCAAUCUCCCGCAGCUCAGCAAUAUGCUUCUGAUCAGGCCUGUUCAGAGUGUGGUCAACCGAUUCGAUCUGGUCAAGGUGCUCAGGGUGCUAACUGUGGUCAAGGUGCUCAAGGUGGUCAAGGUGGUCAAGGCGGUCAGCAAUAUGCUGCUAACCAACCCUGUGGUCAAGCUGGUCAAGGUGGUCAGUAUGGUGGUCAGUCACCUCGAUCAGGUCAAGGUGCGCAGAGUAACUGUGGUCAAACUGGUCAAGGUGGUCAAGGAGGUCAAGGUAGUCAAGGAGGUCAGCAGUAUUCUGGUAAUCAACCAUGUGCUCAAGCUGGUCAAGGUGGUCAAGGAGGUCAGCAAUAUGGUGGUAAUCCUUGUGCUCAAGCUGGUCAAGGUGGUCAAGGAGGUCAAGGAACUCCGCAGUAUUCUGCUAAUCAGCCUUGUGCUCAAGCUGGUCAAGGUGGCCAGGGAGCUCAGCAGUAUUCUGGUAAUCAAGCUGCUCAAGGUGGUCUAGGUGGUCCAUCCGCUUGCUCGACAGCUCAGCCACAGCAGGGACAGAAGCCACAGCAAUACCAGCAGCAACAGCAACAGCAGCAAUACCAACAGCAGCAGCAAUAC